UCCUUCAAAGACAUAUAUAUACAGUAUCGUGAAUACGUUACAUAUUUGUGACGCACACAAAAAAACAAAAAAAGUUGUAUGUAAUACGUCUUUGACACGCACAUAUUGUAAGCAUUUGGCGUAGUCGAAAAGGCGGCUAAGUAGAGAGAGAGUAAACGUUUGCUUACAGCGUUAUACAAAGCCCUAAUUCUAAUCAUCAUCAUGCGUGCAAGCUAUUUUCCAUUUCCUUUAACGAUUAUCAUUCUUACUCUCUUCAAGCUUCUUCUUUCUUCCUUUUAUUCUUUCUUUAUUUAAUUUUUUUCCCUCUUUCUCUCCCAAAUCUUUUUUUUUUCUUUUCCCGGAAAAUUCUCUUCUCUCUUGUUGUUGUUUCUCCUGAUAAACCCGACCAAGUUUAUCUCUUCUCUUUCUCACUAAUCAUUUCUUUUUAAAAUUUCUCUCAUAUAUAAUUGCACCUUUUGAUUUUAGUAUAUUUCUUUCAUUUUCUUGUACGCAUAUUUAUGUUAAAACGCAUUUCUAAGAUCAUAAAUAUUAUUAUCAUUAUUAUUACUUGAGCUCAAUCUUGCUCCGUUGGUUUUAUUCAUAUCUUCAGAAUCGGAUUCGGUGCUAGCUACUACGUUCAAAUGGGAAACCAAACAAGCAAAAAGCCACAGGAUGCAUCGGCUAAGAGCGUGCACUACACAACGGAGCUGAGAUCUUACGAGGCUGCGUGUAAAGCUGACACGGAGCUUCAAUCUUUCGACACGUGUUUGCAAGCACGGACGAGUCACGUGAUAAGCACGCUAGCUACGGGAGUUGAGGUUCGAGCGCUCUCGUUCGAUUCCUUGAAAGAAGUGACGCAGUGUUUGUUGGAGAUGAACCAAGAAGUUGUGAAAGUGAUAUUGGAUUGCAAGAAAGACAUAUGGAAGAAUCAAGAAAUGUUUGAGCUCGUCGAAGAUUACUUUGAGAACAGCUUGAAGACGCUUGAUUUUUGUGCUGCUUUGGAGAAGGGCUUGAGACGAGCUCGUGAUAGUCACCUUUUGAUUCUUGUUGCUCUUCAGCAGUUUGAAGAUGAGAGCCUUGUUCAAGGUGGGAACGGAUACAAGAAGACACUUGAAGAGCUAAAGAAUUUCAAAGAUGCGGAGAGUCCUUUCAACGAAGACUUCUUCAAAAUGUUCCAAUCUGUUUACAAACAACAGAUGGUGAUGCUUGAGAAGCUUCAGCUUCGUAAGAACAAGCUUGACAAGAAGCUUAAAUGCAUCCACACUUGGAGGAAGAUCUCCAGCAUCAUAUUUGUUGCUACCUUCGCCACAGUGCUCAUCUGCUCUGUUGUGGCUGCGGCUAUGGCAGCUCCUCCUGUGGCUGCGGCUCUGGCUGCAGCUACGGCAGUGCCGCUAGGCUCCAUGGGAAAGUGGAUCGACUCGCUGUGGAAGAACUACGAGAAUGCACUCAAAGGGCAGAAGGAGGUGAUCAGUUCCAUGCAGGCAGGGACAUUUGUGGCGGUUAAAGAUUUGGAUAAUAUCCGGGUUUUGAUCGAACGGUUGGAGAUUGAGAUCACCGGGAUGGUGAAGAGUGCGGAGUUCGCUGUGGAGCAUAACGCAGUCAAGAUUGGCAUUGAUGAUAUCAAGAAGAAACUUGAGGUGUUUAAGAAGAACGUAGAGGAAUUGGGGACUCAAGCUGAUUUGUGUAGCAGAGAUAUUAGAAGGGCAAGGACUGUGAUUCUUCAAAGGAUCAUCAAGCAUCCUAAUAAUGCUAGUAGCAGCAACUGAACAACACAAACAAAUAAAACUAGCCAGUUUCUCUCUUCUUCAACACCUGAAUGAUGAAGACUAUAAAUAAUAGUACAGAUUCUCUCUGAGUUUUUACUAUCAAUUAAUGUUCAAUAACUCAAAACUACUGUUUAUGAUAAUUGUUGCAAUUUCUAUAUUCUUUUUAUGA